AUGAUGGACAAAAAUUCGGAACCAGUUGGCUUAAAAACGAAAAUAGAUGAACUUGAAAAAAUUUUAUAUAAGAUGUCUUUUGAGACUAUUGAAAACCCCUCGAAUAAUAACGAUUUAAAAGAUUCUUUCUAUGAUAAAUUAUUCAACGAAAAGAAAGUGAUAAUUACUGAAUUUUUAAAUAGCGAAAAAAAAAAGUCAUACAAUCAUCUUGAAAACAUCAAAAAUAAUAUCCUUAAAAAAAUUAAUAUAAUAAAUGAAAAAAAUGAAGAUAUCAAAAAUCAAUCAGAUAUUUUAAUGGCUGAUAGAAAUAAAAAUUUGUGUUGUAUCAAAAAUUUGGAAACGAAAAUUGAAAAUAUUAAAAAGAUCAUUAUGUAG